AUGAUUCAUCUUCUGUUCACUCUCAUAUUCGCCGAGAUAGCUCUGAUCGUGACCUUCGUGUUCAAGACCCCUUUGAGGAAGCUGGUGAUAAUGGGUCUCGACCGUAUCAAGCGGGGUCAAGGCCCAAUCAUAGCCAAGGCUGUCGGCGGUACAGUUUUUGUGGUCAUGAUGUCCAGUGUUUAUACUGUGAUGAAGAUCCAGAAGCGUUGGAUCGAUGAUGGUGAUGUUAAUCCCACGGAUCAGGUUCUCAUGGCAAAACACCUCCUCGAAGCCUCUCUCAUGGGUAAAAUUUCUCUUUUUGAUACUCAUCCGUCUUUGGGGUCGUUUUAUGCAGGAUUCUCUCUAUUCCUUGCACUAAUGAUAGACCGAUUACACCACUAUAUCAGAGAACUUCGUUUACGAAGGAAGAGCAUGGAAGCUGUAAAGAAACAAAACCGAGUUUUUGAGGAUGGGAAAGCUGGAGUUUCAGAGGAAUUUAAAGCCUUGGAGGAAGAGAUGGGCGCAUUAAAGGCAAAAGUUAAGCAUCUGGAGGAAGACCUUGAGGCAAAGACAAAAGAGGCAGGCACUGCAGAAGCCAACGCAGUUGCCCUGAAAAAGCAAUCUGAAGGAUUUCUUCUUGAGUAUGAUCGUCUGCUUGAGGAAAACCAAAACCUUCGGAACCAGUUGCAAUCCUUGGAUCGGACAUUGUCGCAUUCUGGUAGCAAGAAGAAUAUGUAG